GCUCGUUCAUUGUCACUGUCAUUUUAAUUGACAACAAAAGUCAUUCCAUUUCUCAAAUCAAUUCUCAUUACAAUGAACACCUUUCCGGCCGACAACUACAUCAAAAGGGAACGUCAGAGAAAGGAGAAAAACCAGAAAAUGAUCGAAAAAAUGCGAUCCAACUUACCGGUAUAUACCAUCGACGAAAUUCGCGAAUACAAGCUUCCCUUCGACGAAGCACUUUUGAUCGGACUCCAGGAGAAGGGCUACUUCAGUACUGUAUCGUAUCUAAAAGAAUUGUUCGAGUACCAAACGAACCUGAGGGAACAGGCAGGAAUCGGUACUAUUGUAUGGCUGAGGCCUCAGCUCAUAUACAGCAGGCCUGAGCUGGAGUAUUUGAGUAACGGCUUGCGUUCAUCCGAAGAUAAUCACAAGAAAAAACAUUUUGCCCAGGAGUGCCACGACUUCUUGUCGCUGGCGGUACACUUCGCUUUUGACGGUCCCGACUGGUGGUGGCUUGGCGAGCAGUUGUUAAUGCAAGCCAUCAGGAUAACCAAGGAAUACACAUCGCUAGGAGGAAAAUACGAAGCUUUAAGUCACUUCGCCUACGGUAAGUUCCUCAUCGAGAACGUAAAGGAGUACAGCGCCGCCUUGCAGCAGUUGGAGAUAGCGAGGGAGCUGUCCGAAGGUAAAGGCUGGACCAGCAAAAAUUUUUUCCCAGGAGAAACUGGUACGCUGUUCAUGCAAGUGAACCUUCACCUCUUUCACUGCUUGUAUAGAGAAGCGAAAUAUCUCAUGAAAAUUGAUACAACGAAGGCCAUUUCUCGGAUAGUAGAGGCUAGGAAAAGGGCAGCCGAAUCGUGUUAUCACGAAGGCGAAACAAAGGUACUCAUGCUGAAAGGAACUUGCGAGAUGGAAUCUCGAGAUGUGAAAUCGGCCAUCAACUCCUUCGGUAGAGCUCUGUACCUUCAACAGAAACUGCGGUCGAUCGAAGGGAUAUGCAAAGUGAGAAUACAGUUGGCCAAAGCAUACCUCAUGGACAAUAAUGCAGAGAAGGCUUUGGGAACGCUGCUGUUACUGAAAGAGGAUGCUGAAAAAUUCGACCUGCCGUUCUACAUGGGGCAAGCAUACAAGAACUUGGGUGAGUACUACCUCAUCGCUGGGGAACCGGAAAAGGCAAAUUCUCUUCUGAAUAAAGCCAUGGAGAUUUUUCGCGAGUGCCAAGUUGAAGCUCCUGACAUAGAAACAGUUCGAAAUUUGGAAGCCAUCUCCGCGGGGUUGGAUCGGUUUCACGACUAUGUAAAGCUGAUUAAGCAAAGCGGGACGAAAGACAUAGAGGGCUUUCGGCAUCUAAUGAAAAUGGUGGCUUGGAAGGACGAAAGGAAGCCUUUCUGGGACACCGAAGAGAAAGUGCAUCAUCAGAAGUCGUUGAAUGAAAUUCUUGUAGAGAGUAUCGCGACAGGUGCUGGAGAAACUGGAAAAUUCGUAGAUAAUAAAGUAGCGUCGAGGAAAAUUGAAGGUGAUCCUGAUGAUCCGAAAGCUCUGAUAGAAUUGCACGACAAUAAGAAUACGUUCAAAUCAGAAUCGGAACCCGGUUUGGAGUCUGCAACAGAAAAAUAAAACAGAUAGUGUUGAGUGAUGUACCACUUUUUAUUUUACAAACAAAAAAAUAUAUAUUAGUUUUUUUCAAAUUA